UAAUAUUAGUUCAGUUGGCAGGAGAACAUCACUGCCGAACGAAAAAAUAUAAAUCGCCAACACACAAUCAUGAGUUAUCACCAAAACAACAGAAACGCGGCUGCAUAUGACCACUAUGGUUUCGCCAAUGCGGACAAUCGGACUGAAGACAAUUUGCGGAGCUCCCAUUCGCAGGCUUUCAGGCCAAUCGGAUCAGGCCAACUGCAGGAGAAAAUAUGGAUUUCGAUCUUAUGAACUUCGUCUCACAGCCCAACGGGACUGGUUUUGUGAUGCCACCAAAUCCGCAGACUCCAGCAGUGCCUGUUGCUCCAAAUGUACCAAUACGAUCAAUCGGAAUAUUACCUUUCCGCCUCCAGCCAAGCGUACUUACACGAAGAGAGCCAACAAGGCCAUGAACAUAUUUGUAUUCAGGGCCUUGUUGGCUCUCUUCGUGUAGGAGACGAAAAGAGCCAACAAGGCCCUGAAUACAAAUAUACUUCCCAAAAAUCAUACCGACGUCUUGGUGCCAGAACCCACUAUACCAAUUCAACUGGGUGAGCCCCUGGGAACUGAUACUGGGAUCCCACCGAUUCAGCAGAAUUUAACCGUACAACCGAUCGACAAGGUGAUCAAACCCAGAGCUCCCAGAAAAGCACCUGCUAAGAAGGUGCCCCCUCAGGAAUCGGGCACGGAUAUAGGAACUGAGAUAUCGCCGGAAAGAGAAGCUGCUCAUUUCGUUUCCCUCUUUGUAUCUUUUUAUCUUUGUGUAUCUUUUUAUGGACCAGCGCUUCUACACUGAAUAAAUUCCAUUCCUGGUUUCAA